AUGUACCUUCGCUUGCUUGGGCUCAUAGUUGGAACGACAGCUCGGUCUACUAUGGAUCUUUCACAAUAUGUUCUUACAUCAAAUGGAGAAGCCAGUGGAGGCAACACCUUCCCUGGGGUUUCUUUACCAUUUGGUAUGGUCAAACUUGGGCCUGAUAUGUUCACGGGAAGUGAUAAUUAUUCUGGAGAUGUGUUGAGCGGAAACUUUACCGGGUUCUCAAUGAUGCAUGAAAGUGGAACCGGGGGAGCUCCAAAAUACGGCGUCGUCUCACAGAUGCCUGUUCUUGGAAACAUAACUAAUCCUUUAGCCGAAUUGAAUGAUACUCGAGCUUCUGUUGAUGCUACAUCCGUAGGCUACUAUAAAGCCUCGCUGGGAAGUAACAUCACCGUUGAGCUUGGGUCAACAAGUCGUGCAGGAUUUUAUCAGUAUACAUUUCCUGAGAGUAAAGGAACCCCAAAUGUAGUUGUUGAUGUGUCUCACGUACUACCGUCAUACCGAAAGCAAGGUCUUUCUCAAAACUAUCUCGGUGGUAAUAUCACUGUGUUGGAGGAUGGCCAUUACGAAGGAUUUGGGGAUUACAACAAUGGCUGGAACAUGGCCCCUGACUGGAGAAUAUACUUUUGUGGCUACUUCGAAAGCCCAGCGACGGCAAGAACUUUUGUUGGAACGAGCCUUAACGAGAGUACACUUGCCAGUUACAGUACAGAGAAAACUGCUUCAUCCAAAACUCGACUAGGAGCCAUAUUUAGUUUCACCACUACAACGGUAGUCUCAAGAGUCGGAAUAUCCUUCAUAUCUUCAGCUCAGGCAUGUGAAAAUGUCGAUUCUCAGAUACUUCCUGGUACAACACUCACAACUUUGACCGGCGAUGCGAAAGAAGUGUGGAACACCGAGGUUUUAUCCAAAGUCACGACUACCGAGACCAACAAAACGAAUCUGCAGUUGUUGUAUAGCUCGCUAUACUUCAUGCACCUACUACCCUCAAACCGGACUGGAGAGAAUCCGUCGUGGACUUCUUCGGAGCCAUACUAUGAUGAUACUUUUACGACUUGGGACCUCUUUCGGUGUACUUUCUCGUUGUUUCAUAUCCUUCAGCCGGCGGCAUAUGAGGAGUAUAUUCGAUCACUGAUUGAUAUAUUUCGAUUUGAGGGUUAUAUGCCAGAUGCUAGGUCUUCAAACUUCAAUGGAGCGACUCAGGGAGGUUCCAAUUCUGAUAACGUACUAGCUGAUGCCUAUGUCAAGGGGGUGAGAGGGGCAGUGAACUGGACAGCCGGAUAUCAAGCUAUGGUCAAAGAUGCCGAGGUUGUUCCGAUCAAUAACAAUGAUCCUCGAGAUAACACAUCUUCAACCAAAGAAGGUCGCGGAGCCCUUCCUGAUUGGUUACAAUAUGGAUAUAUUACACCAAAAUAUGGUCGAGCAGUCUCCCGAGCCGUCGAAUAUUCCUUCAACGACUUCUCCCUUUACCAAGUAGCGACUGGAUUAGGAUUAGUAGACGAUGCAACGAAGUACUUGAAGAGGUCCCGAAAUUGGGUAAACCACUGGAAUCCCAAUGCUACUUCUCUUGGGUUCAACGGGUUUCUCGUUCCUAGAAGUACUGCAGGAUUCAUCAAACAAGACCCACUCUCUUGUGGUGGAUGCUAUUGGGGAGAUGCAUACUACGAAGCAUUACCUUGGGAAUAUUCAUUUAAUGUGCAUCAUGACAUGAAUACAUUGAUCGCAUUAUCAGGUGGACCACUAACUUUUGUGAACCGCCUUGAUACCAUGUUCAAGCCUGGAAUUAACACCUCUGGGCGCUCAUCUGGCUUCAACAAUACGAUUUUUAAUCCAGGUAACGAGCCUUCAUUCACCACGCCGUACUUGUACAACUACGUAGGACGACAAGAUUUGAGUGUAAUGCAAUCUCGAUAUAUCGCAAAGUCAUAUUACUCCGCUACCCCUGGCGGCUUACCAGGAAAUAGUGAUGCAGGAGCAAUGGAAUCUUGGCUGAUUUGGAAUAUGCUUGGUCUAUAUCCAAUGGUAGGGCAAACCACUUUCCUAAUUGGCAGCCCAUGGUUCGCGAACACGACUAUCUCACUUGGUGGUGGAAAAGUGCUUGCCAUGACUACUGUCAAUGGGUCCGAAUCUUCCUUCUACGUCCAAUCUCUCAAAGUCAACGGAAAAUCAUGGAACCGAUCUUGGCUCACUUGGAAUGAUGUUUUUGCGAGUGGUGGAACUAUGGAUUUUGUUCUUGGACCUCAGCCUGUCAAUUGGACAACUGGGCCAGCACUACCAAGUCCAGCGAGCACAGUCAGCGAUACUGCCAAUCCCAAUAGUAUUCUGACACCAGUACUGACAGCUCCGGAUCCUAAGUCGCAGCACAGUAUUGCAGAAGAGAGGAAACGACAAAUGCUGAGAGAGAUAGCUUUUGUAAUUAUGGCUAUUUUUAUAGUUACAGUCUCCUGCGCAGGCUUUUGGUAUUGGCGAAAGAGAAAUUCUAAAAUCGAUAUGGACACGGAGAAUCAAGAAAGAGGGGUCAAGCCAGCAGAUAUAAAUCCAAGGGAAAAUGAACCUGGUAGGAAAGACUGCAAACAAAGGCUAUGA